AGUAUCAAACUCAUAUUCAAUAAAUAAGAUCCUCAAUGAGAACGGAAAUGGCUUACACAGAGUCGGCGUUGCUCCUCUUUUUCGCUUGUUUUCUGUUGAUCCGCGGACAUUCAGCUGCGGUGAUCUGUGAAAAGUUACCGACCAAUGUGUGCACCUUCGCCGUUUCGUCGGCCGGAAAGAGGUGUGUGUUGGAGAAUUACAGCGCCGACGACGGUAGCGUUGGCUACAUUUGCAAGACGUCGGAGAUUACGGUGGAGAGAGUGUACGGACACAUCGAAACCAAUCAGUGCGUGAAGGCAUGCGGUGUAGACCGUGGAUUCGUCGGAAUCUCCUCCGAUCCAUUCCUGUCACCUGAAUUCGCCUUCAGAAUCUGCUCUAACGCCUGCUACCGGAACUGCCCCAACCUUGUUGAUUUAUACAUCAAUCUCGCCGCCGGAGAAGGGAUAUCUUUGCCAGGAUUUUGUGAAAAGCUGAGGAGCUCCGGUUGGACCACAAUGUCUAUCUUGAGCAAUGGAGGCGGUGGCGCCGCCGCUCCGGAAGGUUCGCCGGUUCCCGCUCCUUCCCCUGCACUCUAUUGA